CUCAAACUGGCAACACGGAACAUGUCAAAACAAAACAGUCCGCGUAAAAACGGUAAAAACCGAAGCGGAAGUUGCAUCGUUCGCAUUUUCUCAGAAGUUUCUGAACGUGGCUCUGUGUCGCAUAAAAUCGUGAAUUUUGCAAAGCUGACGCAAUAUGGCUGGCCCAAAUUACGGUAUGCCUGCAUUCCAUAGAUACACUAUGGCGGAUCUACGACCCACCAUGCCGGAUCCUCGCUGUGAUCCUCAGUUUCCACUGGCAAACUAUUGGCCGGUUUACUUGGGCAACUUCUGGUGUGACGUCUACCAACAGCACGCAGCCAGGAUUCAGGAAUACUUCGGCUCCAAAGGACUGCUUGUGCGAAUGGUUUUUGGUCGGAACCCGGCCUGCGACCCGUAUUUCUACGAACAGCGGCGGUGCAAUUGUUACGAUUUCCUCGUAUAUUUUGUUUCCCGCCAGGAUGCCGAAAAUGCGGUUUACUAUUGCAAUCGGGAAAUGUACUACGGCCAUCGUUUGAACGUUCUGUCAGGCCGCACGCCCGCGCCUUUCGAUACAUCGACGAGUGCCAAGCAUACGCUGGCUCAACCUGAUCGAAUGAAAAUAACAGAACAAGGGUUUGAACGCUACAUCGCUGACACCGCCGGAGCUCGAGUCAGGUGCAUUGUGAGACACUCAAAAGAAGACUUCCUGGUACAGUAUGCAUCCUUCGAAGAUCGUAACAAUGCAAUCAAAAAUUGCAACAUCGCAAUGCCUGGACUGAUUGCAAUCAGUCAAACAAAGCAGCGUUUCCUGGAACAAAGUGUCGAAAUGGAGAUCAUGCAAUGGGUCCAAGAAAAUCCGUCAUUCAUGAACAUGCUUCCGCCGGAUAAUGUUUUGCAAGCCUUGCUGAUGGGACAUCUCCAGAAUAUUGAUCAAAGCUGGAAAACUGUCGUGAAGGUAGACAGGAUUUGGGAUUUGAAACUCCGCGGUAGGAAACAUCAUAGAAGAAGCAUCGAUCGAUCGAUCUCCACUAGAGCCAUGCAGCUGUUUGGUGUAGCGUGCUCGUUUGUCCACCUAGUUACGGAACAGGUAGCGCAUGAGCGUCAACAAAGAAGGGAACGAAGAAAAGCAAAAAAAAUCAAACGUCGGCAGGAAAUCAAAAAAUUCAUCAAAAAUCCAUUAAACAGGUGAGAAAGUGAGAAAACGACUUAAACUCUGCCAUACUUCGCGUUACACUUUUUUUUAUCCGUUAUUACAUUUGAAUUCGACUGAAAUAAGAACAUUAUCAACUGGACUCAAUAUUAUUGUUCAAACGUAAAAAAAUGUAAAAAUGUAAAAUGUUUUACAAAUUU